AUGGCCGGUUACUUUGGAGAAGAGGAAGAGCUGGCCUUUGGAUCCAGGCAGGACUCUGGAGUCACGAUGACCGGACGAUGGAGGCUGUCCUUGGCUCUGCUGCUGCUCUGCGUGCAGUCGUCCCUACCCUCAGUCCUGACCGCCGCGUCGUCCUACCAGUUCACAGCCUACAGGAUGCAGCAGUACCACCUGGGCCAGCAGAAGCAUGGCUGUCGUGGGGCCAUCGUGGUCGCAGAGGCCCGCUCGGCGGAUGAACCGGUGCUGACCAGGCGCUGCGUCGUCAUGAAGGUCUCGGACCUGACCACUGAGAAAUACCUGGAGGCCCAGCGACAGAACGCUGCCGCCAUCUUCAUCCUGCUGCCCCAGAACACCUCCAACCUUCCGCUCGACACGGUGCAGUCCUUCAUGGUGAGUGAGAGCGAGGUGUUGCAGAGAGAGACCCUCAUUCCUGUGUACGUGGUGCCUGAGGACGACCAGCUGCUCUGCAUGUAUGAAGAAGUCAAACAGGCCGCAGCCAGCCGAGCCUCCUCCAUCUUCGUCCGAGUCCUACGCAGCAUGGUCACCGCCAUGGGCUUUCAGAUCCUGGUGGGCUCCAACAGCCCCAUCAAGCCCAUCACCGACAACACCUUAGUCACGCUGGAGGGUGUUCUUCCCGGAGCUGGGCUGGAUCUGCCCACCAUCAUCAUCACCGCCCACUAUGACUCCUACGGGCUUGCACCUUGGCUGGCCCAUGGAGCCGACUCAAAUGGCAGUGGAGUGACCAUUCUGUUGGAGCUGGCCCGGCUCUUCCAGAGGCUGUACAGCAACGCAAGCACCAGACCCCAGUAUAAUUUGAUGUUCUCCUUGACUGGAGGAGGCAAGUACAACUUUCUGGGAACCAAAAAGUGGAUUGAGGAGAAUCUGGACCAUGCUGAGUCCAGCCUACUGCAUGACAACGUGGCCUUCGUGCUGUGUUUGGACACCCUGGCCAACAGCGAUGCGCUCUACAUGCACGUGUCCCGCACUCCUAGACCAGACUCUCCCAUGCAUUCUUUCAUCCAACAUCUGGAGGAGGUGGUGUCUUCCAGGUUUCCCUGGGUAGGACUGGAGAUGGUCCAUAAGAAGAUCAACCUGGUGGAGUCGACAGUAGCCUGGGAGCACGAGCGCUACUCCCUGCGCAGAAUCCCAGGGUUCACUCUGUCUCACCUGGAAGACCCCAAGUCGGAGCUGCGAGGGUCCAUACUAGAUACCAUGUCACAGGUGGACUUCAGGAAACUGAAACGCAACGGGGUUAUUAUUGCAGAAUCCCUGGCCAGGUUCAUGUUUAAUCUCUCAGACAAGGGUACACCAAAAGAAGUGCAAGUGUUCAAGGGUCACAUGGACUUCCAGGACAGCCGUCUGUCCAGCCUCAUGUCCAUCCUGACGUCUGUCCCGCGGGCCACCCAGCUGCUGGACAAGGAGCCCAGACAAAUGCUGCUGGUCAACUCUCUGGAGCACGAGUUCAGGCGAUACCUGCUGCAAGUCCACAGGCACACCUUCCGGCAGGACAAAAGGGAUCCUGAAAUGACCUUUUUCGACCAAAUGAAUCAGCCAGUGAUGAUGUACAGAGUGAAACCAGCGGCCUUUGACCUCUUCCUGGGGGGAUGCAUUGCGGCCUACCUGGGGAUAGUGUACUAUGCCAUCCAGAAUUUUGGCUACCUCUACACAAAACUCAAGUCUGUAUUAAAAACCAAGCAUGCUUGAUGUUGGUUGGAUGAGUGUUGGUCUUUGAGUUCUGGGACUGUGACCAGCGCUUUGAAGUCUGAGGAAACGGCCUGCUUCUGUCCCUGUUGGGCUCAGCUGGUCUACCUAAUGAGGAGACCAUGAAAGGGAACCCGAGUUAAUAUACAUCCUAUGUAAUGCAUACAUCCUAUGUAAAUUACAAUUUGAAUGAGAAAAAUAAUUUGAAUUUGAAUCAAAGACUCCAGAAUACGAUCUUUGUACUUGUUUUACAUUGUAUGGUCUUUUACUAUUUUACAUUAAACAAUGAAUGCAUCUUUAGAAACUGUUCAAUUGAUUGUCACGUGUAUUAAGAAAAGGGAAAUUAAAACCGGUAAGAAUGAAAACUCAGAAUAACAUGUAAAAUCAAAGCGACCAACGCAAUAGGUC